CGUCCGGCUGCACGGCGACGCGCAGUUCCUCGGUGUGCUACUGCAGGCUCGCAGCGCGGCCAACGUCAGCGGCCCGCCGGUCGGCCGCUUCCUGCCGGCGGCCGACCUGCAAACGCUCGACUGUGCCGGACGGCCUCAGAGCGCGCUGACACACUCGAGCGCGACGGCGAAGCAGAGCCUGGAGGCCGUCUGGGAGCCGGCGGGGGCCGCCGCCGGCGACGUCGUCUUCAUCGCCACCGUGCUGCAGGAGUACCGCACCUGGUGGGAGGGCAUUUCCUCGGCGCCGGUGGUGCCGGGUCCGUCCGGAGCCCACUCGGCCGCGCUGGAGCUGCCGGGCAAUGUCGAGGACACGUACGCCGGCUGCUUCAGCCGGUACGGCUGUUUCGGCGCACCGGCCAAGUGCGAGUCCUCCAGGACGUGUGACGUGCUCUUCACGUACGUGGCCUCGUCGAGCGGCAUCAGCAUGGGCCUCAUGGCGAAGCGGGACGGCCGGUACGCCGCCGUUGGCAUCUCCAGCGACACUGAGAUGGGCUCUGAUGGUGUCAUCUUCUGCACAAAUGUGGAGGGAAGUCAACCUGUCAUCUACUACGGGUACAAUGACGGCAAAAGUUCUGCUUACAAAUCUGGACAGAAUCCGGCGGCAGCUAGCAAUCGAAAAGUCUGGGAGCAAGACGGACACUUCAUGUGCAGCUUCACACAGCCACUCAGCCUGGAGAUUCCGGGAGAAAGCGCGCUCAACUUGGCCGAGAAGCAUCACCUGCUGGUGUCCACGGGAUCAAUCGGCGAUUCGUCCGAGCCAAGGUACCACGGCAGCGACAAAAUCGCCUCUUCAGAGCCGGUGGAUCUGACAGACAACUCGGCGCUGACGUCGGCAGGAGUGCCCCGCCUCAUAAAAGCGCACGGGUCCCUGAUGCUGGUGGCAUGGGUCGGCACGGCCGGUAUUGGCAUUCUCUCUGCUCAGCACCUCCGGCUGACGUGGGUCGGCAAACAGAUCUUCGGCAAAGACGUGUGGUUUACGAUUCAUCGGGCCAUGAUGGUGCUGACGGCGCUUUGCACGUGGACUGGGUUCGCCCUUAUCGUCACCCACCUGAAGACGCUCAGCUUCGGCCACCCGCACAACAUCCUCGGCUUCAUCGUGUUCCUGAUCUCGGUGGUGCAGGUGGCGGGCGCCCUGCUGCGACCCAGCCCGGAAGCCCGGCUGCGACCGCUGUUCGCCUGGGGCCACCGUCUCGGCGGCUUGGCGGCCUACCUGCUGUCACUAGUGGCGCUGUUCCUAGCGCGACAGCUGCCGCAGCUUGACCUGCCGCGCUACUGGCUGUGGCUCCUCACGGGCGCUAUUGCGCUGGACGUCGUCGUAUCCCUGGUAUUCAUGGCAAUUCAUCACUGCGUUGGGGACUCCCGGGUCGACCCUGACGUGGGAUCACCCAGCAAACACGAGGCUCCCGGGUCAUCACUGCGGAAGAUCCUGCUUGCCAUCUACAUUUUCUUCUCAGCUGCCUUCGUGGUGGCUAUGGUGACAACUCUGGCGCUCUCAGACGCCUAAGAGCGCGACUGGAGCUCGGCGUCUCAGGGGGAAUCUCAUCGCCCUUUGGCGUCGAGUCGACUGUAGACGAUCCAGCGGGCCUCGAUAGUUGCCGUCUGAUGAUCUAAAUCCUCUCUUUCGGGACUGCCUCUGUGUGCUCUACAAAGAAGGGGCUCUGAACUCAAACACUUCGCAGGACGUAACUGUUUGUCUUCAGCAGGCGACGGGCGCUGCAGUGUGGCGGGGUCGGGCGCGACAGGCGGGGGCUCGUGACCGGCCACGUGUCAGGCUGGCAGCCCCCUCCUCCCACCGCCGGUGUUUGCCUGGCGGGGUCGGGCGCGACAGGCGGGGCUCGUGAGCGGCCACGUGUCAGGCUGGCAGGCCCCGCCUCUCACCGCCGGUGUCUGCCUGGCGGGGUCGAGCGCGACAGGCGGGGCUCGUGAGCGGCCACGUGUCAGGCUGGCAGGCCCCGCCUCUCACCGCCGGUGUCUGCCUGCGUCCAAGAGACAUGUGUCACCGACACGUGUCACGGGAAGGGUGUCACGCACUCGAUGUCGAGCUGUGUCAAUGUGGUCAUGUCAUGGGCAAUAGCGGGUAGUACUGUCCUUUCCUUCCUUGAGUGUUUAUAGCGGUCUGUUAUGUGCUCCGCCUUCGAUGUCUUUCUAAAUGCCUUCGCUUGAGCCACACAGACAUUGACACUGUGGCGGCGUUGCUAGAAAUUCGUUAUGAGUUGAGAUUUCUUAUGCCAAGUUCACCAACUUCAACAUAUCAGGAGGAGAUACUGAUAUUUAUAUUGACGGUACUCAAUAUUAUACGCUGUGCCCAUCCUAAAAAGCAAAAGAGUUCUAACAUGUUCAGGAAAAUAUUACCAUCAAAAACAAUGCACGUGAACUCAGGCAAUGUUCUCACUCCGCGCGGACACUGGCCCUAAAAUAUGUCAAAAAAGGUCGAGCAUCCAAGGUUCUAACAUCCCCUAUACAGUUCAUUUUAGUAGCAGCGUCUGCGCAGAGCAUGUUCUGGAUUCACGAAGCUUUUUCAGGUGUGAAGUUUUGCUGAACACGUCUGAACCCUUGUCAGUAUAUGAAGAAUGAGCAUAGCUCACAAUAUUGAGUUCCGCCAAUACGCUUGUUAUUUAGCGCUACAAUGUCGUUUAACAAGUACCUUCCUGUAUAAUGCAGGUUGUUAAUGCAAUGUAAGAACCUUCAAUUCAUGAUGCCGCCGAACAAUCAGGAGCUGUAGGCUUUUCUGUCUUGCAUCUAGAAAUCGAUUUCCAACUUUCCAGAAUGCACAGAAGCGACACUUUGCAACAUGCUGUUGUCCGCACCCUGCAAUUCGUACAGUAAUUUUACAUACGCGGGUUUUUCGCUUGAGUUGGGGAAGCGGGGUGGGAUUCAUCAAAUGACAUACCGCAUACACUGCUGGCGUGCCGGAUGUCAUGCAAGAAUAGUGUGCUGCUGUACAUAAUAGUAGCCUUAUGUGCGAACGCCGAUGACGCUUCGCUUAUAUUCCUAGGCCACGCAUUGCUCAUAAGGAACAUAUACUACCCACAAGAUCACCAGCAUUGCUGUCACAAUCCACGGCACUGCUGUUUGCGUGUCCGCUAGCGCACAGCUAACGACCGCAGGCAGUGACUUCAGCGUAAGCGCCGUUUCUGCACAGCUUCGAUCCGUAAGAAGCGCGUGGUGGACAGCCGAGUGAUCCGCAGAUGUCCCGCACCGCUGACUGCCAGACCCGCUCGGCGCGGGCCAGGGCCCGGCGACCACCCGCAAGGGCCGACCACAGCUCGUACGCCCCUCUCAUCUGUGAGGGGCAGACCGUCACGGCUGUGACGUCACCCAUCGCCGUGUCGCACACGUGGACCCCGGCGUCUAAGACGGACCGCUGGCGAUUUGCUGCGGGUGCGUAUGGCGCUCCGUUCACAUUUCGGAAGACGCUGGCAAAGAAGUGCCUUUUCCGUAAGCUUUAACGAGACCGAUGACGAUAAUCUGGGGUGAACGCGGAAAGGUUGAUUGAAAUAUAUGGGUCUUGUAAGU